GCAUUGCAUCCCUCUGUGGCUUUCUCACACACGGUGGGAGUGCUAGAAAGGGAGGAGUGCAGGGGAAACUGGAAAUUACACCAUCUUUAGUACCUGACUGGAGUUGUUGUCCUCUCUGGAAUUCCAAUUGAAGAGCAUCUCUUCUUGUGAUCAAUACCAAUUAAAGAGAACAUGAGCGGGAACUACAGCGUCACUCUGUUGGGGCCGGCCCCUUGGGGUUUCAGGCUACAAGGAGGGAAGGACUUUAACAUGCCCCUCACCAUCUCCAGGCUGACGGAUGGUGGGAAAGCAGCUAAAGGUGGUGUUGCAGUCGGAGACACGGUUCUCUCCAUCGACGGUGUUUCCACAGAGGGCAUGAACCACCUUGAGGCCCAAAACAAAAUCAAGAACUGCACCGGGAACCUUAGUCUCACUUUGCAGAAAUCCAGUGUUUCUAAGCCCCCUCCAGUGGCACCAAAGGACAACCGAACAGACCUCAUAAAACCAGUAGCCAUCACCCAUCCCUCUGUUUCACAACAUCCACAGUCUCAGGGCUCUGCUUCUUACCACAAGGUCCCCAGACCUUAUGGGGGUUGCAGCUCUGAGGGUGUGUACUCUCCUUCACAGUCACCUUUCACCACCUUCAUCCCUUCCCCAUCCUCUGCCUUCACUCCUGCUUCAUCCCUCAUUGGUCCUCCUCCUUCCCCUCUUCUUCCUCCUUUGAUCUCUUACCCGUCCUCUGCAUCCUCUUCCUCCUCCCCCCCUGUCCUGGUUGCGCCUCAGCCAUCAGUGUAUAACACACCGAUCAACCUCUACUCUGCUGAAAAUGCGUGUGAGGUGGCCAUGGGGCAAAGGCGGGGCCUGUUGGAGAGUCAGGGAGGAGCCUUACCACAUUUUAAUGGUAUUACUAGGAAACAUAUUAGAAAGCGCAUUAUGGAGGACACAGAGGACUGGCGCCCACGCACGGGCACCACCCAGUCCCGAUCUUUCAGGAUUCUGGCUCAGAUAACAGGCACAGAGAAUGUUCAAACUGAAGAAGCUGAUGCAUCAAAGAAGACAAAUGAGGAGGAUGAGGAGACACAGCUUAACUCCCAUGAAUCUGCUGUUGUCAAAACUAUGAUGAAAGGAACUGCUUCAAACCAUGGCCAAGGAGUACAGAGUGGUUUGAUCACUCCAUCCUUUGGAAUGAAGGGUAAUGGGAGUGCCAGUGUCCUCAGGGGUCCUGUUCCAGCCCGACCAGUGCCUCAACCCCACCCCAAAGAUGAGGACUCUCUGGUCCAGAUGGCAGAACACAUUCCUGCUGGGAUGCGAACCCCCAUGUGUGCCCACUGCAACAUGGUGAUCAGAGGACCAUUUUUGGUUGCAAUGGGAAAAUCAUGGCACAAGGAGGAAUUUAACUGUGCCCACUGCCGAACAUCUCUGGCAGACAUAGGCUUUGUGGAAGAAACAGGCUCUGUGUAUUGUGAACACUGCUAUGAAGAGUUCUUUGCGCCAACCUGCAGCCGCUGCCAGGCCAAGAUAUUGGGGGAGGUAAUUAAUGCCCUGAAACAAACAUGGCAUGUCUAUUGCUUCAUGUGUGCUGCCUGUCAGCAGCCAAUCAGGAACAACACCUUUCACCUGGAGGAUGGAGAACCUUAUUGUGAGCAAGACUUUUACAGUUUGUUUGGGACUGGUUGCCAUGGCUGUGAGUUCCCUAUUGAGGCUGGAGACAAAUUUCUGGAGGCACUCGGUUACAACUGGCACGACACUUGCUUUGUUUGUGUCGUAUGUUGUGCCUCUCUGGAGGGUCAGACCUUUUUCUCCAAAAAGGACAAACCUCUUUGCAAGAAACAUGCUCACACAGUGAAGAUAUGAACCUUCAAAUGGCUCUCUGCCUCUAUUUUCUCUUGUCAAAGGCUGCAGAAAUACUGAGGGCUGAUAUUUACCAGUGGAUUAUUCCUUGACUAAGUUAAUUGAGGAUAUAACUAAGCAGAUUACUUUUAUUUUAACUCUUUAACGUGGGGUGGGGGGGAUAAUGCAAAAAUCUUUUUUAAGCUUUAUAUCAAACCGGGGGAUUUGCUUUGAUUCUUUCACACGCAAAGUUCAGCCUUGGAGUUGCAGUCUCCAGUCAAGCACUUGUGCCUCAGAGCAUCUCUUCCUCACACUGUUCGACCAGACUAGCGUCAGCAGCUGUUAGCAUACCACUUUUUGAGGUUGUCAGCUGCACUUAUAUGAACCACCUUUCAGUUGAAGGCAUUUUGGAGGAUUGUAAAUACAAUCCAGUUUAUACAAUUUAAAAUUGCCUUAAUGUUAAUUCCCUAAGAACAGCUGUAAACAGCAAAAUGGAUGAGCUUUGUUGUGAUGAUGUGCUUAUGGCAGAGUGUCGGAUAGAGUCGGAGCUUCUUAAAAAGACAGAGGCCCAAUUUCAAGGCGUCAAAUUGCGAAGUCAGAAUUCUUUCAAGUCAUGUUUGACAUAUGCAGCAUUUUUAUAACAACUAAAAGUAACAUUCAGUUAUUUGCCUGCAAGUACAUUAUACCACCCCAUGAAAUAAGUUUAUUAUACUUAUGCGCACAAGACGUUGUACUGAUAGUUAAUCAUUUUUGUAAGACCACAGUUAGUCAUAGUUUCUUACACAAAAAUAUUCUAACACUGAUUCAUUACAUAAUCCUGAUUUUAACCUAGAAGCUAAAAGGCAUCCUUGGUUUGUCUGUAGACACAGAAUAGAAUCUUCCCCAAUAGUUAGAAAUCACUCAUUUUAAUUGUAAAAAAAAAGAGUAAAAUAUAUAUGAAUUUGUUGCAACAGAAUAUUAGCAAUUAGUUUUUGUGAAAGCACAUAUGUUUGCUAUUUUUAAUGUUACAGUUGUGCAAAUUUUAAUAGAUUAGCAGUAGCUUACAUUAACAUUUGUAGUCUUUUAUGUCCCUAUAUCCAAAACUAUUUCAAAAAUAGUAUUCAAAAUCUUAGUAUUUGUAUUAAGAUUAACUAAAUGUGGAUGUUACUUUAAUAAAAUAUUUUAACUAAGCAUCUAAGAUAAUCAUUGUAUCUUUCUAUUUUAUUGUCUUUUCGUGGUGUUUGCCAAAACUGACUUGAAGUUUCCAAACAGACAAAUAUAUAACAGAAUAAGUUUUUAACAUUAUUUAUUCUGGUUGAUUGACAAAAAACUUCCAAAAUAACUAAAUAAACAUUAACAUCUGACAUAAGUAAAUAAUCUGGCAAGUAUUAAUUUUGUUUUUCCUCAUACUCAACACCUUGGUGAUGGACAUACAUUCUUUUGAAUUGUGUUCUAUUAUUAAUGAAAAAUGUUUGUUUUUAUUCAUUUUUUUAUAUUUCAACUUCACCUCAAAAAGACAGAUGGUCCAAUAUUUUUUGAGAUACAAUUCAUCACAGUUUGUGCAUCUUUUUAUCCUGGGAGGUACUGUGUGUGUGUGUUUGCGUGUCUGCGUGUUUUAUUGUUCUUUUGUUGAAAAGUGGGGAACACUUUAAUUUACUUUGAAUAUGUAAUUGUCUGGAUAUUUCUCUUAGAUUUGUACUAAAUUAUAAUGCAACUAGAUAAAAAGGACAAGAUUUUACAUUGUCAGAAAAGAGUGCAGAAAAGUAGCAUACAAAUUAUAAAUGUACUGGCAUAGUAAACAAAAGUAUUUACAUGUUAUUUGUAUUAUCUCUCAAAAUAUGUUUGAAAAUAAGUAAAAUGUACCUGUGUUGUUUAAUAAAUUGUGAUGUUUAA